CCGAGCUGACGGAACUGGAUGCUUAGGGAAAGAUUUUAUUUGUUAUAAUUGAUCUUUUUUCCGCGCCAGGAAUAAAAGAGGACACAGAGCAGGCUAACAAUACUUUAUCUCCAGGAUCCUUUUUUAAGGAGCCAUGGAUUAUCUUCCUGGACAAACUUUUCUAAAUCUCGCCUUUCUCAUCUUUACAGUGUUUAGGAGCAGCUGUUCUCUGGUGGAAAGUGCAGCCGAACAUCCUCCAGUGCAACCAUAUCCUCAUCAAUUCAGUCCAAAAGAAGACAUUGAACAUUCUUUCUGUGAUUUCGAAUCUCCAUGUUCUUGGACCUUAUCCAAUCACAGCACUGGAGGGGACUGGUAUGUCAUAUCGCCACAGCAACACAGAUCCAAUAGGUGGGGCGUCCAACCAAUCAAAGAUCAUUCCACUGGAAAAUCUAAAGGCCAUUUUCUGAUACUAAAUCCCAGCUCAGCUCAGUUAUCCUCUGGGAGAUGUAGUUUCCACAUGUCCAGUCCUGUAGAACUUCGCAGUGGGCCACUCUGUCAUCUGCGCCUAGCUCGCUUCCAGCCAGAACCACACAUAGGAAACUUAUCUGCCUUUGUGAAAACCACUGACUCCUCAGUCAUCAAGCCGUUAGCUCUUACAAUCAAGGAACAUGGGAUUGGCAGGUCCCAAUGGGAGGUGAUGGAGGCUCUGAUUGGUCAGUUAGAUGAGCCCUUCCAGGUGACAGUGCAGUACUCUACCUGUAGCAGCCAUGAAGUCGGAGUUCUGGCAUUUGAUUCACUGGAGCUAAAGGAUUGUGUCAUGGGUGAUGAUGAUUUAGAUUUGGGUCCAGAAUGUGAAAAACUCUCAGCAUUUCACUGUAAUUUUGGAGGCUGUAUAGAGAAAAGACAAGUGUGUGAUUUCCAUACUGACUGCCCACUAGGGGAGGAUGAGGGAUUAAUAUGCGAUGCUUUACCCUUGGGUUCACACUGUUCAUUUGAGUCAGGCUCCUGUGGAUGGUUGGUGUCUAAUACACACUCCUCUUGGAAGCUAGUUAGUGGAGAACAGCUAAGUGAAAGUACUGAUCUACAGGGCACAGCUUUGCAAAACACUCAAGGGCAAUUCCUUUUCUUAAAGGUCAGAGUUCAUGGUGAUGAAAGUGAGGCAUUGGUUCAAAGCCCAGCUCUCCCUUCAACUAUAUCCAAUCAAGAAUGUCAGGUGCAAUUUUCCCUGUAUCUGUAUGGAGAUUUCAAUGGUACAGUUCUACUGUCAGUGGUAGAGAAUGGAUCUGCAGCACCUCAACUUGUGUGGGAGAGAUCUGGACACUGGAAAGAUAACUGGCAAGAUGUCACCCUGCAGAUUACAGAGACCUUAAAUGGGUUCCAUGUUAAAGUGCAGGCUUUCUGGAGUUCUGGUUCUAUGGCUGACAUUGCUCUAGAUGACAUUUCAUUAAGUGCAUCGUGUUUUCACCCAGAUUUAAAUGAACUGCUUCAUGAACAAAGACCUCAUGAUUUGGACUUUAUUGGUGAUUUGGAUUUCUUCAGCCCUCUACCAGAACCCUCACCAUCAGAGGUGUCCAUAAUGACAUGGUGGUUUACUUCUUGUGGAGCCAGUGGACCUCAAGGCCCUACUCAAGCCCAGUGUGACAGUGCUUACCGCAACACCAACGUCAGCGUGGUGAUUGAGAAGGAGGGCCCUCACAAGGGGGUUCAGAUGUGGAGGGCCCCAGCUACCAGCAUGUACAAGAUUUCUGCCUAUGGAGCCGCAGGAGGCAAAGGAGCAAAGAACCAUAACAGGCGUUCGCAUGGUGUCAUAAUCACAGCUAUCUUCCCACUGGAGAAAGGGGAUAUAAUCUACAUCCUAAUUGGUCACCAAGGAGAAGACGCCUGUCCAGGGCGUAACCCCCUGACCCAUAACAUCUGUCUUGGCGAGUCUUCUGUGAUUGAAGAUGGUUUUGACAUUGAUGGUUCAGCUUUGGAGUGGGCAGGGGGUGGAGGUGGUGGUGGGGGAGCCACAUACAUUUAUCGGAUGGAGAAUGGGGAACCAGUUCCUUUGCUGAUUGCAGCCGGUGGGGGAGGGAAGGCCUAUAUGGAGGACCCUGAAAUCAGCCUGGACCAGAUUUUCCUAGAACAGUAUGAGAAUGACACUGCAGCUUCUGGUGUCAAUGGCAAAUCGGGAGCAGCAGGUGGAGGAGGUGGCUGGAGCGACUCAUCCUCUCUCCCCCAAGCAGGGAAAUCUCUCGUUGAAGGAGGGCAGGGAGGCUCAUCCUGUCCUCGGGCUCUGUCUAAGCUUGGAUGGGCUACAUUUGGGGGGUUUGGAGGAGGAGGGGGUGCUUGCACUGCCGGAGGGGGUGGAGGAGGUUACAGAGGUGGUGAUGUGCCCCCUUUUGAUGGCAUCACAGCAGAUGGACGAGAUGGAAUCUCUUUUGUCCACCCAAUGGGAAAGAUAUUUCUGCAACCACUGGCAGCUAUGGAGAGUCACGGGGAAGCUGUCAUCCAGGUGUUUCUGAACUGCAGCCACUGUCAGACCCAGAGCUGUAAUCGAGAUAAAAAUACCAGACUCAUCUUCUGUUUGUGUGACAAUGACGAGGUGCUUGCACCAGACAAUGUCACCUGCACAGCAGUUGUUCCCCUGGGCUCCCUGGAAGAUGGGCCACCAUCCCUAAUUUUUAUCCUGGCAGUGAUCGCAUCCACAAUAAUUACAGGUGUCGUUCUGACAUGCGCCAGCCUCACUCUCAUUUAUUAUCGUAAGAAGAACCACUUGCAUGCGGUCAGGAUUUGUCUGCAGAGCCCAGAGUACAAGCUUAGCAAAAUUCGGUCCUCCACCAUAAUGACUGACUACAACCCCAACUACUGCUUUGCCGGCAAGGCGGCCUCGCUGAGUGAGCUUAAGGAGGUGCCACGUAAGAACAUCACACUCCUCAGGGCUUUGGGGCACGGUGCCUUUGGGGAAGUGUAUGAAGGACAGGUUUUAGGUAUGAAUGGAGACAACACAUCCAUGCAGGUCGCUAUAAAGACACUUCCAGAAAUCUGUUCAGAGCAGGAUGAGAUGGAUUUCCUUAUGGAGGCCUUGAUAAUGAGUAAGUUCAGCCAUCAGAACAUUGUGCGCUGUAUUGGAGUCAGUCUGCAGAUCCUGCCUCGCUUCAUCUUGCUGGAGCUCAUGACGGGAGGAGACAUGAAGAGCUUCCUGAGAUUAAACCGUCCCCGAACUAACCAUUCCUCUUCUCUGACCAUGCUGGAGCUGCUGCAGAUGGCCAGAGACAUUGCACUUGGUUGUCGCUACCUAGAAGAGAACCACUUCAUUCAUAGAGACAUUGCAGCACGCAACUGCCUUUUGACCUGUCCUGGUCCAGAUAGAGUGGCUAAAAUUGGAGAUUUUGGGAUGGCUCGUGACAUUUAUAGGGCAAGUUACUAUAGGAAGGGUGGUUGUGCCAUGUUGCCAGUGAAGUGGAUGCCACCUGAAGCAUUCUUGGAAGGCAUUUUUACCUGCAAGACUGACACCUGGUCUUUUGGGGUACUGCUGUGGGAGAUUUUCUCUCUUGGAUACAUGCCUUACCCCUGCAAGACCAAUCAGGAAGUAUUGGAAUUUGUAACAGGCGGAGGUCGCAUGGACCCUCCUAAAAGCUGCCCAGGGCCUGUUUAUCGGAUCAUGACACAGUGUUGGCAACACUGUCCAGAACACCGACCAAACUUCACCACCAUUUUAGAGCGGAUCAACUAUUGUACACAGGACCCUGAUGUCAUAAACACCCCUCUUCCAGUGGAGUAUGGUCCUUCAAUGGAGGAAGAAGGUGGAAUUGUCAUCCGUCCAGAAGGAUCUGGCAGCAUGACACCUUUUCUAGUGUCCCACUCUAUGUCACAGGAAGCCUCCCUUCGUCCCGGGAUCUCGGGCUUGACCCCACAGGCCCAAAAACCCCAUUUGCAGCUACAAAAACCAGUCCAGCUUGCACAGGACGUGGGCACAUACCGUGAAACAUUGGAACAAUGUCGGGCUGAGCCCGUUCCAGCUCCGGGGGUUUGUCCUGGGCAAUGGCUUCAAGUUCCAGACCACCGACCAUGCUCCAGAACUAGCUCAUCGUCAGGCAGCCAGAAGCUCAAGAACAAGACGAAAAACCUUUGGAACCCCACCUACGGUUCCUGGGUUCUAGAGAGCUUUGGCCGGGGAAAAUCAGCCCUGUGCCACACCCAAUCCAUGCCGCUGUCAUGUAACUCCACUUCCCUGUCUGCGUCGGCUUCUACCUCAGAGCCCAUUGACCCUGGAGUAGAAGUUACUAAUACAGCUGUUUCUACGUCCACAUCCCCACCUCCAUCUGCAACAUCCUCUCAGACCACUGGAAGUUCCACAGGGCCUCUGAGUCUUGUAUGGAAGGGUCCAACAACAGGGGCUACAGGGGUCACGCAGGAUUCGAUUAUGGACUUGGCGAAACUUCAGAGCUUCCCAUGUGGUAAAGUAAACUAUGCUUACGAUGAACAGAGCUAUGAGACCGAAAGCUUGCCUGUAUUUAUGGCCAAGUCUGUGGAGCCCUGCACCAGCACUGCGGCAACUUCUUCACUCGCUGCUCUUGGUCUGGCCACAACCAUUACUCAAAAACCUCUGGUCAAGCGCCAUGCUAGCUAUGGACAUGAGGAUGUUAGGAGGUAUACGCAGCCUGAGAAACCCGCGAGGGACAGGGAUUCUGGCUUUUCACUGUCUGAAGACCUUAGUGUCACCCCUGUGUAGUAUUAUAGAAGGUUCUAAGAGGUACUAAAAUGGUAGUAUAUAGGAAAAUACCCAAUAUUUCCUUUUGUUUGGCUUCAAACAUUGAUUUUGGUGUUAAUUCGUUUUUAGAACUAAGGUAUUUUAUUACGCUUUGACACUAAUUGCAGUAUAUUAGUAAGAGGCUGAAUGUCAGGUUAGUUACUGCCAGUAGACUACUUCAGUAUAAGACUCUAACUAUAAGAGAGAGAAUACAUGAUUAUUGUGAGGUACCAAAAUGCCAAAGACAUGGAGAUUUUGAGGUGUAACAGAUUUUCCAUUAACUGGAAGAUCUCUUCUAAAUGGCUGAUGAUUUCUAUUAAAAAUUCCACUUGGCUAAUCGCAGCCCAUGUACACUGAAUUCACUGGAUUCUUAUCUACUGUCAACACUGUGAAAAUACAUUACGCUCACUUUAAGGACUACAUGAAUGGAGAAGUCCUAUGUGUUUCUGUUUUCUAUUGAUUAAUCAUAAUUCGCAAUUAUUAUAUAUGUAAGUUUAGGUCACCUUUUCCAUUUCAGCCUGGUAUUAGGAGAAAAAUACAGUAGGAUCUAAAGCACGUUUAAACCUCACACAAUGGACAGUUGUAGACUAAUUUGAACUGAAUUGAAAUAUUUUGGAGAAAACAAUUAAAGGAAUAUUCUGGGUUCAAUACAAGUUAAGCUCAAGCGAAAGCAUUUGCGGCAUAAUGUUGCUUUCCACAGAUAAUUUAGACUUGUACGUACCUCCUUUACAUAAACAAAAGCAAAAAAUGCUGUUACAGUAAGGCACUUACAAUGGAAGUGAAUGGGGCCAACAAAUAUAUGCUAAUAUUCACACCGUUUCAAAAAAUAGCCACAAGACUAUAAAUCUCCACAUUCAAACAGCUCUCCUAAGUGCUCUUCUCUCCUAAGAUAUAAUCUUUUGUUUUUUCCCUGAUUUGCAUUCUUCAUGCAUAUCGCCACCUACAGGGCAGGGAGGAGAAUUUAUAGUAAAAAAGGAAUUUAAUAUUUCUUCUCACCCACACCUGUCAUAUCACUUUUGAAGACAUGAAUUUAACCGCUUUUUCAAACUUCAAAGUUUUGGACCUUAUAUACUUGCAUUGAAUAGACCAACAUAGUAGAGAUAUUCUUUAAAAAUCUUAGUCUAUGUUCAGUAGAAGAAAGUCAUACACAUCUGAGAUGGCAUGAGGAAAAGUCAAUUAUGAGAGAAUUGUCUUUUUUUUUUUGGGUGAUCUUUCCCGUUAAACUGAAUCCGGAACAUUCUUUUAACUUUUUCUUUAGGUCCACUCAGUGGACAUUUCACAUUGGAACUGCCGCCAUAUUUGUAAUGAACCACGUAAUAUGAUUUUUUUGUAAAUGCCUCCAUAAUUAAGGAAUUUAUUUUUGUUUAUGUUGCACAAGCCGAUAUGAAAGUUAUCCAACUGCCGAGAAUACGGCAAAGGCAACAGUUUUUAGUUAGCACUGUCAUUGUAGAAAUGUGCUAUUUGCAGUCAGCCAUGAUUGUUCUGUGUUAAUAAUUUCAUUAAUAAGGGAAUUAUAAGUUAAAAUAAGUAUUCGGCUGGUCACGUGACCAUUUAAAACAAAACAUUAUAUUAGGCCCCUGAUAUGACUAAAGUCUUCAGUCUUGCUGUAGAAAAGAACAAAUUACUGAUUACAACUUUAAAAGAGGUUAAAAAUGUCACAAAUGACCAGAUGAAUACUACUCACUUAAUCUUCAGUAACCGUCUCCUUCACUCUUGGAUUAAAAUGUAUCAUGGCUGAUUGUGAAUAGUGAAUUUCUACAAUGGCAACUGUAACUGAAAACUACUUGAUUUUGAAUGAUGCUGCAUCCACACCACUAGGUGUCACUGUAAGUCAAAGAUUACAUGAGCAAAAAUGUACUGAAUGUAUCUUUUUUAAACCUCAUUUUACUAAAUUAAAAUGGUGACAUGCGUUAAAAUUAAUAAAUGUUGAAAAACACUGCUAAACAAAGAUUUAAACUCCGAUUAAAACAUCAGGUUGACUUUACAGGGUGAUUUGACUUGAAAAAAUGCAUCAAAGAUCAGAAGUUUUUAGACUAGGCUUGAUGUUUUGUCCUGUAUUUAGUCUGGUGUUAGUUUUGAAAAACAGAACAUUUAUAAACAGUGUGUUGUCUUUUCAAAGAGGGCAUGUAUUGUGUGUAAAACACUGAGAUAAUUGUGAAGGCUUGACAAAAGGUGUUGCGACAGAAUGUGUUGGAAGUCAGUGAGCCAUGUGACACUUUGUGAGAUUGUUGUGGCUGCUGCAGAGAACGUACUGAUUUCCACUUUAAUGCACUCUUCUAGAGAGCUGCUAAAAGACACCCAUCUCUCUUGUGAUAUUUUUGCAAUCUCUUUUUACAUUCAAAAUGUUUACUUUAGCUAGCACACAGCUAAAUUGUUCUUACUGUGAUUUAAUUUUUCUGCAGAUGUACAUAUAUUAGUUUUAUUACAGCAUACACACAAACCACACAACACCUCAGUGUAUGUAAUAUGAUGCAUGAGAAGUUAAAUGUUUUUUCUUAUUGUUUGAGGUAAUUCUUUUAGUGCUAAUUUGUUAGCCAAUUGUACAUUAGUUAACAACAAUGAAAAAUGUUUAGUCAGGGACUGCUGAUAAUCUAUCUUUAUGCAAGACAGAUGAGAGUAAACUGUUUAAGCACAAUAUGUUGGUGUUUUGCAAAGUUAAUUUUACCUUGUCUUACAUUUUAAUUAAAAAAAAUGUAAUAACUGCCAUUUUAAAGUGCUUAAAGUUCAUCAUGUUUUGUUUUUUUUGUAGCCUUAUAACUGUUGAUUAUAAAUCGAUAGAAGUGUAGAAAUAGUCUUACUUUACUUAGGAAAAUGAAUGCUGUAUUCUUAGAUUACAUUUUAUUUCACUUUAAACUAACCCCUUUAAUAUAUAGCUAUAAUAUUUUUUAAUCUAAUUUUUUAAUAAUUUUUUUAUUAUUAUUUGUUUGAUUCUGUUGAGGUUAUCACUGCCAAUGUUCUGCAUACGUCUUGCUGUUUAUGGAAGGCUUUGCAGUAUCACACAGCGGCUCGUUUAGAAAGCCAAAUUAGAAAUGUAUCAUCACAUAAAGUGAAUUUUAAUGUAAAGCUUCUUUAUGUAUUUUCUAUGUUAAAAGGAUGUUGCUGUGUAAUAGCAAACCUUAAAUAAAUAGUUUUGGACUAUAAUCUUGGUAUUAAUGACCGUACUUUAAUGACUUUGGAAUUGCAGAAAUAU